UGCUAUAAAAGAAGUGUAAAUGCCUAAUCAAAAGAGCCAACUUAGUGUUGCUGCAGAGCAGAUUAAGCAAUAUGGGUGAUAACAGCAACUCAACCCUGUUUUCUUCAGUCCUCUUCCUUUCCCCAGCUAAUGCUGCAACCAUAGACGAUCUGUUGUCUCAUCUCAACUUCCUCUUGCUUACCUUCAUCACAUCCAUCUUUUUCAUCCUAACCAAGUUCAAAUUCAAAACCAGUACCAACAGCAAGGCAAUGCUGCUUCCUCCAGGCCCAGCUCCAUGGCCUCUAGUCCGAAAUCUACCUCAUUUACUCAACAACAAGCCAACUUUCCGCUGGAUACAUGGCUUUAUGAAAGAAAUGAACACUGAAAUUGCAUGUAUUCAAUUGGGCAAUGUUCAUGUAAUCCCGGUGACUUCCCCAGAGAUUAGCAAAGAAUUUUUGAAGAAACAUGAUGCAGUAUUUGCAUCCAGGCCCAUUACAAUGGCGUCUGAGUAUUCAAGUGGUGGCUUCUUGACCACAGCGGUGGUGCCAUGGGGAGACCAGUGGAAGAAGAUGAGAAGGGUUCUAGCUUCUAACGUGAUUAAUCCAUCAACAUUUAGGUGGCUGCAUGACAAGAGGGUGGAAGAAACCGACAAUCUUGUCCGAUACGUUUAUAACCAGUGUAAGAUCUCUACUAGCAAUAACUGUCUUGGCUCAGUUAUCAACCUCAGAAAUACAGCCCGUCAAUAUAGCGGAAACGCCAUCAGGAAGAUGAUCCUCAACACAAGAUACUUUGGUGAAGGAAAGAAAGAUGGAGGCCCUGGAGUUGAAGAGGAGCAACAUGUUGAGUCACUCUUUACCGUACUUGCUCAUCUAUAUGCGUUCUCUUUAUCUGAUUACUUCCCUUGGCUUAGAGUGCUGGACAUAGAUGGCCAUGAGAAGACUGUAAGGGAGGCUAUGAACACCAUUAACAAGUAUCAUGAUCCGAUCGUGGACCAAAGAGUAGAACAAUGGAGGAAUGGCGAAAAGAAGGAGGCUGAGGACCUGCUUGACGUUUUCAUUUCAGUUAAGGAUUCAAAUGGGGAGCCACUGCUGUCUGUGGCUGAGAUCAAAGCCCAAUGCACAGAGUUGAUGCUUGCAGCAGUGGAUAAUCCAUCAAAUGCAAUUGAGUGGGCAUUGGCAGAAAUGAUCAAUCAACCAAGGGUUUUGGGGAAAGCAGUGGAGGAAAUAGAUAGAGUGGUUGGAAAGGAGAGACUGGUCCAGGAAUCCGACUUUCAGCAGCUAAACUAUGUUAAGGCCUGCAUAAAGGAAGCUUUCCGGCUUCACCCAAUUGCACCAUUUAAUCUUCCCCAUGUAUCCAAUGCCGAUGCCAUUGUUGCUGGCUACUUCAUCCCCAAAGGCAGUCAUGUCCUUCUCAGCCGUCUGGGGCUUGGGCGGAACCCUAGAAUCUGGGAAGAACCACUCAUUUUCAAUCCAGAGCGCCAUCUGAGUGCUAGUAGAGCUCAAGGAGUGGAUUUGAACGAGCAAGACCUUCGCCUCAUUUCCUUCAGUACAGGAAGGCGUGGGUGCACAGGGAUUGCAUUCGGGUCUGCAAUGACUGUGAUGCUGUUAGUAAGGCUCCUUCAAGGCUUCACUUGGAGUCCGCCACCGGGCCAAGAGGAGAUUGAUCUCUCAGAGUCGAGAAAUGAUCUCUUUCUAGCAAAACCUCUGCAUGCCCUAGCAAAACCACGUCUGCAUUCAUCAUUAUACCCACUUCAUUAAUUAGUACUUUAUGAGGCACCAAUAUAAUAAAAUGCAAGAUCUCAUGCAAACCCACUCCAAUUUGCAUGUGAAGCAAGAAAUGAUUGUUUGAAAAGUGUGACAUCACAGUUGCUUGUCAGGUAUUAGUUGUUGGAGUCCUAGAUGGCUUUGAAUAAAUUUUAGACAUGCAUGUGCCCAACGAGGUUGCAAAAGUUGAAUAUGUGGCCUUGUGCUUUAGGAGGUGUUAGCUAGGAAAUGGUCUACGUUCUCCGUGCGUCUUUUGUUAACCGUUUAGUUGUUCUUUGUUUUGACGUUGAUUGAUUUGCUUUUAUUUCU